CAUCAUCUCAGCCGAUUCAACAUUUUGCUAAAUUCAGCGUGUUUACGUAUGUUUGUUGGUGUUUCGCUGGUGGUUCACUGGUGUUCACCGCUUUUGCAUCACGAUGGACUCCAUUCCGAGAACGCAUAAGGACAUUGAAGCUCAGAUAAGAGAAAUACAGUCAAAAAAGAAGGAGCUUCUGAACACAGCAUCUGAGAAAGAUCAAGUUGCUUUGGGAAAAACUGGUUUCUAUGAUCAAGAUAUUUAUGAUAGCAGUAAUAAUAAAUUUGAUGGCUACGUUACAUCGAUUGCAACCAACGAUGAGAUUGAGGAUUAUGAUCCGUUUGCGGACAAACGACCCACCAUAGCUGAUCGAGAGGAGAAAGAUUAUGAUCCAUUUGCCGACAGACGACGGCCUACCAUAGCUGACAGGGAAGAUGAGUACCGACAGAAAAGACGGAGAAUGAUUAUCUCUCCUGAACGUGUCGAUCCCUUUGCUGAGGGUGGCAAGACUCCUGACGUCGGUUCUAGAACAUAUACCGAGAUUAUGAGAGAACAAAUGCUCAAAGGUGAAGAGACAGAGCUGAGAAAAAGAUUAGCAGAAAAGGCUAAGGAUGGUACUCUGAAAGCUAACGGCGAACCCAAACCAGCUCCUAAAAAGAAAGGUCGUUGGGACCAAACGGAUGAUACUCCCAUACAGAAAAAAUUAUCUGGAACUUCAGCAACACCCACAUCCUGGGAUAACGCAGAUGUAACGCCAGCUGUUAUUAGAUGGGAUGAAACUCCAGGUCAUGGUAAAGGGGCAGAAACCCCCGGAGCUACACCGGGAGUGAGUACGAGAAUGUGGGACGCCACACCAGCACACGCAACACCGGGAGCCGUGACUCCAGGAAGGGAAACGCCUUCGCAUGAAAAAACUGUGACGAGUCGAAGAAAUCGUUGGGAUGAAACUCCGAAGACUGAGCGAGAAACUCCUGGACAUAACAGCGGUUGGGCAGAGACUCCAAGAACCGAUCGCGUCGCCGGAGAUUUGAUACAAGAAACUCCGACACCGUCAGCGAGUAAGCGACGAAGUCGAUGGGACGAGACACCGUCGAAUCAAACGCCGGGCUCGAUGACGCCGCAGACCCCGGCGACGCCUCUCACGACGCCUCAUCAGACGACGAUAUUGACUCCGAGUGCCGUCACACCGACGGGACCCAAAGCGAUGGGUCUGGCUACUCCGACACCAGGACAUUUGAUGUCUAUGACACCCGAACAACUGCAGGCUUAUCGUUGGGAGCGCGAGAUAGACGAACGAAAUAGACCUUUGUCAGACGAUGAGUUGGAUGCGCUGUUUCCUCCCGGAUACAAGAUCCUACAGCCACCAGCAGGAUACAUACCUAUUCGCACACCUGCUAGGAAGCUCACUGCAACACCCACACCCAUCGCGGGCACGCCUCAAGGUUUCUUCAUUCAAACGGAGGAUAAAAGCGCCAAGUAUGUCGACAAUCAACCAAAGGGCAAUUUGCCAUUUAUGAAACCAGAAGACGCGCAGUAUUUCGAUAAACUGUUAGUUGACGUGGACGAAGAAACGUUGAGUCCUGAAGAACAGAAAGAAAGAAAAAUUAUGAAAUUGCUUUUAAAAAUAAAAAACGGAACACCGCCAAUGCGUAAAGCUGCUUUGAGACAAAUAACGGACAAAGCAAGAGAAUUUGGUGCUGGACCGCUCUUCAACCAGAUCCUUCCGCUUCUUAUGUCACCUACUCUUGAAGAUCAAGAACGUCAUCUGCUAGUCAAAGUUAUCGAUCGCAUUCUUUAUAAGUUGGACGAUUUAGUACGACCGUAUGUGCACAAGAUUCUUGUCGUCAUCGAACCUCUAUUGAUCGAUGAGGAUUACUAUGCUCGUGUCGAAGGUAGAGAGAUUAUUUCAAAUUUGGCAAAGGCUGCGGGUUUAGCCACAAUGAUCUCUACAAUGAGACCAGAUAUCGAUAAUAUUGACGAAUACGUACGCAAUACCACAGCAAGAGCAUUCGCUGUCGUCGCAUCCGCUCUUGGAAUUCCUUCCCUUCUCCCUUUCUUAAAAGCUGUUUGCCGCAGUAAGAAAUCGUGGCAAGCGCGACACACUGGUAUCAAAAUCGUGCAACAAAUAGCUAUUUUAAUGGGCUGUGCCAUUCUGCCACAUCUGAAAAGUUUGGUAGAGAUCAUAGAACAUGGUUUAGUCGAUGAGCAGCAGAAAGUACGAACAAUUACCGCAUUAGCCAUUGCUGCACUGGCUGAAGCAGCAACACCAUACGGUAUCGAAAGCUUCGACUCGGUGCUAAAACCGCUUUGGAAAGGUAUCCGCACGCACAGAGGAAAAGGUUUAGCAGCAUUCUUAAAAGCUAUCGGCUAUCUCAUCCCAUUGAUGGACGCAGAGUACGCGAAUUAUUAUACCAGGGAAGUAAUGCUAAUCCUUAUACGUGAAUUCCAGUCGCCCGAUGAAGAAAUGAAAAAGAUUGUGUUGAAGGUAGUCAAACAGUGUUGUGCAACGGAUGGUGUGGAAGCUCAGUAUAUAAAGGAUGAAAUUCUGCCUCACUUCUUCAAACAUUUCUGGAAUCAUCGCAUGGCAUUAGAUCGUAGAAAUUACAGACAGCUUGUAGACACGACGGUAGAAAUAGCCAACAAAGUGGGUGCAUCAGAAAUUAUUAACAGAGUAGUGGAUGAUCUAAAGGAUGAAAAUGAACAAUAUAGAAAGAUGGUUAUGGAAACCAUCGAGAAGAUAAUGGGCAAUUUAGGAGCAGCAGAUGUCGAUUCUCGUCUAGAGGAGCAGCUCAUUGAUGGAAUUCUAUAUGCCUUCCAGGAGCAAACAACCGAGGACGUAGUUAUGUUGAAUGGUUUUGGUACGAUUGUGAACACAUUAGGUAAAAGAGUAAAGGCAUAUCUUCCUCAAAUAUGUGGUACAAUAUUGUGGAGGUUGAAUAACAAAUCGGCAAAAGUAAGACAGCAAGCUGCAGAUCUUAUUUCGCGUAUCGCAGUGGUCAUGAAGACUUGUCAAGAGGAAAAAUUAAUGGGACACUUGGGAGUCGUGUUGUACGAGUAUUUAGGUGAAGAAUAUCCAGAAGUAUUAGGUAGUAUUUUAGGGGCAUUGAAAGCCAUUGUUAAUGUCAUAGGAAUGACGAAAAUGACACCACCUAUCAAAGAUUUAUUACCAAGACUUACUCCUAUCUUGAAGAACAGACAUGAAAAGGUGCAAGAAAAUUGCAUUGACCUCGUGGGCAGAAUCGCUGAUCGUGGUCCCGAAUAUGUUUCCGCACGAGAAUGGAUGAGGAUAUGUUUCGAAUUGUUAGAAUUAUUGAAAGCCCACAAAAAGGCUAUUAGAAGAGCGACAGUAAAUACUUUUGGUUAUAUCGCCAAAGCUAUUGGACCGCACGAUGUGUUAGCGACACUUUUGAAUAAUUUGAAAGUCCAGGAACGUCAGAAUCGCGUUUGCACAACAGUGGCUAUUGCCAUCGUUGCUGAAACGUGUAGCCCUUUUACAGUAUUACCUGCAUUGAUGAACGAAUACAGAGUACCUGAGUUAAACGUACAGAAUGGAGUAUUGAAAUCCUUGUCAUUCUUAUUCGAGUAUAUCGGUGAAAUGGGUAAAGAUUAUAUUUACGCUGUGAGUCCAUUGCUAGAAGAUGCACUUAUGGACAGGGACUUAGUACACAGACAGACGGCCUGUGCUGCUAUCAAACACAUGGCAUUAGGCGUUUAUGGAUUUGGAUGCGAAGAUGCGUUGAUACAUUUAUUGAAUCAUGUGUGGCCGAAUGUUUUCGAAACUUCACCACAUUUGGUCCAAGCAUUUAUGGAUGCUGUGGAUGGAUUGCGCGUUGCGCUUGGACCUAUCAAGAUUUUACAGUAUACACUACAAGGUUUAUUUCAUCCAGCCCGUAAAGUUCGCGACGUCUACUGGAAGAUAUACAAUUCUCUUUACAUUGGUGGACAGGAUGCUCUUGUAGCUGGUUACCCUCGUAUUAUGAAUGAUCCAAAGAACCAAUAUAUAAGAUAUGAACUGGAUUAUGUACUGUAAUAAGGAACUGAUGAUUAUAAAGUACAGUUCUUACAUUUCUGAAGCUCAUCGUUGUAAAGAUGAAUUCAUGAGAAUUGCAGAAUUCUUUUUCGCAAGUCUGUGAAAUCAACAUCUGGAUCUUGAAAAAAGUUAGUAAUAUUGGGAAGCUGUUGGGACAGAUUGCAGAAUAAUGAAGUAUGUAACGUAAAUGCAGUCAAUUCUGAUGGUUAAUGUAAAAGGCUGAUAAUGUAUUACUCUAAGGCUUUGGGCGCCUUGUUGCAAUAUUAAAUUAUAAUAUCAGAAGCGAGAAAUUGUAUAAGUUUGUUCCUCGCCACUAUUUCAGUUUGAUAGUAUAGAUUAUUAUGCCACAAACUUCUUUUAAUUUUGUUUUACGUUAGAAAAUAAACAUACAAUACAAUUUA